ACAAUUUAGGGCUGGUUUGGGCACAAUUUGGGGCUGCUCUGGGCAUAGUUUGGGGCUGAUCUGGGCACAAUUUGGGGCUGCUUUGAGCACAAUUUGGGGCUGCUCUGAGGACUCUGCAGGGAAAACAGCCACUUUGCCCAUGGAAUCUCCAUUUCCAGGUCUGACCACACCUUGCCCUGCCUCACCGGGGAUGACUGCAGGGGGGACACCUUGCACAAGGGGUGACUGCGAGCUUUGAGGGGCGCACCCCUUCUCCCGGGGACCGCGGGACACGCAGAGGUGACACCCCGGGCGUGCCAGCCGUGCCACCAUCCAGCAGCGACUAAAAACCCCUCCGACAAGCGGACCUGCUAAAUCUGCCCUUUCUUCCCCCCCGGCUUUCCCCGUGGCAUAGACCGCGGGGUGAGCACGCCCGUGGUCCCUCAGACAGACACAGACCGCCGCUGGCUCGCUGCGGCACGCCCCCGUCGCUCCGGGUGACAGUUACGAGCUGCCCGGCCGCGUCCCCUCAGCGGCGGCGCCACAGCACACCGGCCCCUCACGGCUACGCCCCGCCCAUCCACCACCACCACAGCCAAUCUCAGUCCUCCGCCUCUCGCUUCUCGCCUUCCAUUGGUCAAUAUCCUUGCCAAUCAUUUUCCCGCCUGGUGAUCUCACGAAUGCGCGCCGCGCUGAUUGGUGAGGCCGGGAUGGGCGUGGCGAGCGCGGCUUUAAAGGCGGUUGGGCGGCGCGCGGUGGCAGUGUCCCCCCCGCCCGCCCCCCGGUGCCGGUGUCCCGGCCCGGCCCGGCCGCGUCCCCCGCUGCCGGCGCAUGGAGCUGAGCUGCGCCAUGGCGGGCAGCGCCGCCGCCCCGCCGGGCCCCGGGCCCCCCGCCGCCGCCGCCGCCGCCGCCGGGGCCGGGCUGAUGGAGAGCGACGAGUACGAGAGCCUGCCCAGCGGCGUCGCGCUCGGCACGCACAUGGUGGCCGGGGCCGUGGCGGGGAUCAUGGAGCACACCGUCAUGUACCCCGUGGACUCGGUCAAGUGGUGAAGCAGCGGCUGCAGAUGUUCAACUCGCCGUACACGUCAGUGCUGGGCUGCGUGCGGACGGUGCACAGGACUGAGGGCUUUGGAGCCUUCUACCGCAGCUACACCACGCAGCUGACCAUGAACGUGCCCUUCCAGGCCAUCCACUUCAUCACCUACGAGCUCAUGCAGGAGCACCUGAACCCCCACCGCCACUACAACCCCCAGUCGCACAUCGUGGCCGGCGCCGUGGCCGGAGCCGUGGCCGCCGCCGCCACCACGCCCCUGGACGUGUGCAAGACGCUGCUCAACACGCAGGAGAACACGGCCCUGAGCUCCCUCAAGAUCAGGGGGCACCUGUCGGGCAUGGCCAACGCCUUCAGCACCGUUUACCAGCUGGGAGGGGUUCCCGGCUUCUUCAAAGGCGUCCAGGCUCGCGUCAUUUACCAGAUGCCCUCCACGGCCAUCGCCUGGUCCGUGUACGAGUUCUUCAAGUACUUCCUCACCAAGCACGCGCUGGAGAAAAAGCCAUCCUCGUGAAAAAGGAGUGGGGGUCUCCCUGGGCCUCCUCCCAGCCAGCCCAGCUGGAAUUCUGGUGGAUUCAUAUCUCCACGUCUCCCUGCCCGCGAUUCCCUGU